GAUUGACCUGCGUCCAUCAUUUGCAAGGAAUAGUCCUGCUGCCUCCCCCUCGUCGUCAAACACGAAUCUGAGGGAGUCCCUUUGCCCUUCGUGCCGGUAAAAAGGCGAUAGACUGGAUGAAGAUGGGAACAGUUCGCCUGCCAGGAUAGAAUCCAUGGUGGUGGUCUUCAGUCAAAGCUACACCCAUCGGUUGGCUGGGGAUCCUCUCGAUGGUAUAUGCCUACGCCGUCUUUAUCGGGACGGGGUAUGGGACGAUAUCCCACCCCAGUUCCGAUAGGGAUACGGCAGUCCCCUCGCUCCAGCAGAUCCCACUGAGACCACCUCCAAUUCGGCAACACCUUGUUUCGCCUUUUGCGGUCUUGCCAGAUGGGUUCAUUGGCAACCGCUGAGCUUUGCGAUGCAAAUGCAUCGCUUCUGGCGAAGGGGGAGCUGCGAGUUCUUCAACCAUUGUUUCAAAUGUACGGGCAGUGCCGAGCAUUCUGUGGACCCAUAGUGACGCUGAAGGUGUUCGAGGACAAUGUGUUGGUGAGGGAGGUGCUGGAGGCGCCGGGGGAUGGGCGGGUUCUGGUGGUAGACGGUGGUGGGAGCAUGAGAUGCGCCUUGGUGGGAGGGAACCUGGGGCAAUUAGCCCAGAACAUGGGAUGGGCAGGGAUUGUGGUGAACGGGUGCAUCAGAGAUGCGUAUGAGAUCAAUGGCUGUGACAUCGGGGUCAGAGCGCUGGGAUGCCAUCCCCUCAAAUCGAACAAGAAGGGUCUCGGUGAAAAGCAUGUCACUGUUAACAUCGGGGGCACCAUCAUCCACGAUGGUGAAUGGCUAUAUGCCGAUAGUGACGGCAUUCUUAUUUCCACUAUCGAGCUGUCUCUCUGAUCUUUUUUAUGUGAAUCACCCACUCACUUAUAUAAGUGGACACAGCACGGUAAGGAGUUUAGCUCGUUUCUGCUCUCUCUGCUGAAACAACGACCGACGAUAAUACUAGUAAUAUGUAUGUCCUGUUUUAACUUGUAAAUCUUACCUCCCGUCCCGUUUUUAUGGUUC